AUGGCGUGGCCGGCGUGCUGGCUGGGCGCGCUCCCCGCCUGGCCCUGGCUGCUGCCCCUGCUCGCGGCCGCCCUGGCCGUCGCCCUGGCGCGGCGGGGCCUGGGGGCGCGAGGGCCCGCCGGGGGGGAGCCUCCUCCUCCGCCGCCCCCUCCUCCUGCCCCCGCAGCCCCUUCGGACGAGGCGGCCCUCCUCGCCUGGCUGCUGUCGCUGCCCGGCUGGAGGCGCGCGUGGCAGGACGCCUGGCUCGCGGCGCUGAACGGGGAAGCCGGGCGGAGGGAGGAUUCAUGCUUGUUCACAUUUGAAGAAGAUGCAGCUCCUCAGCCUCUUGAGCUUGUGGUGCAACAGGUUGUCAGUGUGGUAACGUCUGCUGAAGAAAAGGUGGUCUCUUGUAAUAUAGCUGGAAAUGCCAUUAGUUUUAUAGUCAAUGUGGCCCAUCCGUCAGUUGCUCCUGCAGAAUGUCAGUCUUACAGUAUAAAACUGUCACCAUUUCAUUUGCAGCUGGAACUUUCAAUGAAAGCCAAAGAAGACGACAUCCAGGUCAAGUGGUCUCUCAUACACACCUCAGAAACAAACACUAAAGUCAAGCCAAUAAUAAUGCAACAGGUCCAGAUAGGUGGGAAUAGUACAGCAUCAGAGCAACUUAAGAGUGUGGUGCAGAACCUCAUCAAGUCAGCAACUCCUUCUAUGAUUUUAAGUACAAAAACUACAGAUGUAAAUGCUAUACAGAAUGUACAAAAUACAGGAACUCUUCCUCAGGGCACCAGUCCCCCUAAACCUCCAAGGGCUCAUGAACUAAAGCUGCUCAUGAAAAACAUCAAAGCUACACUGACCAGUCAAAGCAUUGCAGACUGCAUUGACCCAGUAUGUACUGUUCAGCUCAAUGAUCCUUUGCAAAAGUUUUGCACUUCUGUAGCCAAUAAUUCCACAGACUUCUCUUGGAAAGAAGAGUUCAUUUUUGAAUUAAAUGCCAGAUCAAAAGAUCUUCAAGUAAUGGUUUUAGAAAAUGGAGAAAUGGAUAGUGGUUUCUGUGCUUUGGCUACUGUACCUUUGGAUCUGUUCAGAAAACAGCCUUCUGGGCAAAAAAGAUUUGCACUGAACAGCAAGCUCGGCAGCAGCAGUACUUCAGCAGGAUUUGUCUCUUCAGAGUUUUCAUACAUAGAACCUUCUGAAUCCAGACAUCUGAAAGUUCCUGCCACAUUUCCUGUUGCAAAAGUAGAGAAGGAUCGAACUGUGAUGCCCUGUGGGACUGUGGUCACUACUGUUACUUCUGUGAAAGCCAAACCUUUAAUAGAAGGGAGAUCAUCUGCUCUACAUUCAGAUUCACCAAUGAGAAGUCCUUCUAAAUUGAAAGUAAUUGAAAAGGAUUUGUCUGUUCAAGUAAUCCACUGUCAGAAAGCUUCAGUAAGCAAAGCUUUAUCGUCCUCGGAUACAGAGUUACUGGUGUUGAAUGGCACAGAUCCUGUUGCUGAAGUAGCCAUUCGACAGCUGAGUGAAUCUGCAAAGCAGAAGCUCAAAUCUCCCAGGAAGAAAAGCACGAUCAUUAUAUCAGGGGUAUCAAAAACUAAUUUAUCUCAGGAUUGUGAGGCUGCCCUUAUGAUGGACUAUGCAGCAGCCAUGGAUGGCUCCUAUAUACAGAAUGACAUUACUGCUCUGGAAGAAUCUGUUGCACAAUCCCCUCCUGAUGAAGAACUGUCAUUGUCUGCAUCCCAAACACUACCUUCCCAGGAAGACAGACAUGAUGCCUGGACCUUAGAUGACAGCAGCCAGCAGUGGCACAGCAAUGCACUACUAGACCAUGACUGUGAUAAGGUGUCUGAGAGCUCCAUCAGUAUCUCAGAAUCUGGAACUGUGAAGAAAUCCAAAGGUGGAAUUUUAAAAAAGGGUGCAAGAUUGUUUUUCCUCCGACGACACCAUCAGAAAGACCCAGGCAUGAGCCAAUCACAUAAUGACCUCAUCUACCUACAACAGCCAACAUCUGAUGGUACUCGAAGAAAGGGAGGAACCCUAACACGCAUUCUCAACAAGAAAAUUCUUUCUAAGAGCAAGAGCAAAAACAAACUUAAUGGCACGUCAGUUGAACCAUACUCAUAAAA